AUGAGCCACAAGCUCUCCAGCCAGGCUCAGCCACAGCAAGUCUCUCCAGAGGAGCUCUAUAACGUUGUCUGCGGUGCCGCAUCACAGAAUCCUGCCCAGGUGCAAGCAUCCACGACCAUUCCCGGGGCAUAUGAUAUCCUGCAUGAGAUUGCUGCUCAGAGGACCGUCCCCUUGCAGGUGAGGCAGCAGGCCAUCAUCCAAUUCAAGAAUGCCGCGACCGGACACUGGCGAUCUCGAAAGCUCUUCCCUCCUGAGAGCAAGCAGCGCAUCAGGGAUCGCUGCUUGACUUUUCUUGAUGAGCAAGACGAUAUUGUGGCACAAUGCAAUGCCUUGAUCGUCGCGAAGAUCGCAAGGCAGGAUUACCCAGUAGCAUGGCCGACGUUACUUUCGCACUUGGGGAACGCGAUCAGCACUUCGCUUGAAGGUCGAGCCAGUAACACGGUACCGAACGCAACUAUUGUGUUACGACGCUGUCUUCAGCUCCUCAACGCGAUACUCAAGGAGUAUGCAGCAUUCAAGAUGCUCACCGGAGUGAAAACAAUGGGCAAGAUGAUCGAGGACAUCUGGGCACCAAUGCAGGCCCAUUACGCUCGCUUAGCGGUCGCGCUACCCACCAUAUCUCCUGUCACCCUCAACCAACCUAGCGUCGCAGAAGAUAUAUUGCUGGCCCACCUUGUGUUCAAGUGUCUGGUAAAGAUGGCUUUCUGGGCGUAUCAUCGGUUUACCUGCAGUAACGACUAUCAUGAAUUCGAGCCAUGGGUCCAGGAGUUUUUUCAGAGCUCUGCAGUGCAACUGCAAAGGCUUUCGGAGAUGCGGAUCAGCCUCCGCGUCUUAGACUUGCUCACUCGGCAUGUACGAGUGUUUGGGAAGCUGUUCCGAAGAAUGCAACGCGAUCGCCCCACCUACUUUGUCACUCUUCCUACCGCGGGAAACCUCGUUCUCUAUUACUGGAGCAAAGUCGUGCAGGCCACUUCCGGUCCCUCAGAGCAAAUCGCAGACUCCUCUCUUGUAGUCUUCCCUGUCCGAUUCAUUGUCCAGGGUAUGGCACUGUUCAAGGAUAGCCUGGCUCAAUGGGCUCCCACCAGGAAAGAUGGAUCUCCGAACGAAAAAGUGCUCUCAAAAGACUUCGUCGAAGACGCCGUCAAGAUCCUUGUGACGAGAUUCAUCCCGUUGAACCCCUCCGACCUCGAUAACUGGAUGGCAGACCCGGAAGAAUGGGUGAACACUGAAGAAAAAGAGAACGACCAAUGGGAGUUCGAGCUACGGCCAUGUGGAGAGAGAGUGCUCAUGACUCUUGCGACUCAAUAUCCGCAAUUCGUCCGUCCAUUGAUCGAGACCACUUUCCACAAUCUCGUCAAUCAGCGCUCUGCGGAGCUGUCCGUCGUUAUUCAAAAGGAGGCACUAUAUUGUGCGGUUGGUCGAUGUGCAAUCCGGCUGAAGGACGCUAUCCCAUUCCAGCAGUGGCUAGAAAAUUCGCUAGUUUCAGAAGCUCAAGAAACAAAUCAGAACUACCCCAUCGUCAAGCGUCGCAUCGCAUGGCUAUUGGGCAAGCUGGUUUCCGAUGAGUGUUUGGUGGCCAACAAUGAGAAGUUGUGGCAAGUUCUUGUGCAUCUCUUGCAAGAUCAAGGGCCCGGCACGGACGCAGUCGUCCGUCUGACGGCUGCCAUCGCGAUCCGGGAAUGCGUUGAUAGCCUCAACUUCGACGCCGACUCUUUUGCACCAUUCCUACAGCCAGUUGUGGCUUCGCUCGUUCGACUCACUGCCGAAGCAGACACCCUUGAGGCCAAGAGGCGGAUCACUGACAGUCUCAAUACUGUAAUUGAACGUGCAGAAGCUCGCAUUGUGCCACUCAUGGACAUGGUGGCACAACCAAUCCCUCAGCUCUGGGCGUCGGCAGAGGAAGAUUGGCUCUUCAAAGCCUGCCUUCUCGGGACAAUCACCAAACUGGUUGAGGCCACCAAGGUGCAUUCCAGUCGACUGACCAUGUUAAUUGUGCCGCUCGUUCGCGAAUCCCUCGCCCCUCCUGCAGCAUUGCAGCUUGAUGAAGACGCAUUCGCGCUAUGGCUCAGUGCCCUCCGGAAUGUCUCGAGCAUUCAGAGCACCGACGGAGGGCCUGGUCUGAUUGAUCUCGUGCCUCUGAUCCUCGAACACCUAGCGAAAAACCUCGACCUGCUGGGCACUGUUGUCCAGGUGUUCGAGUCUUACAUUUUCCUUGGAGCCACCCAAAUCCUCCAGCUCGCCGCCGUCGACCUUUUCCGCGCGUGUAAUGCGACUCUUAAUAUGGCGACAAGUUCCGCCAACGCGAAGCAGGUGACAGUAGCCUUGUGCUCCCUAUUGCAGCUUGCUCCGUCGGGAAUGUGGGGAGAAGCGAUACAUGUCUCUGGGCUUUUCACCACGAUCGUCAAGGGCUUCGAAGAAGAGAAGCUGGAGACGACAAUUCUGACGGAAUACGUCUUCAUCCUUGCGCGUAUUGCCGUUGCCGACAGGCAGCUCUUCCUUCAACUCGUAUCAGCCAUGGCGGCUUCUGAGUCCGUCACCGAGUCCGUGGUGUGGGAGCCGAUCCUAAAUCAAUGGUGGCAGAGGUUCGACAACAUGUCGGAACCCAGACAUCGCAAGCUGACGGCGAUGGGCAUCGCGAACCUGGUGGCUACUGCCACGGAGAUCUGCAACUUAUGGAUUGACGUCUUCGGCGAGAUAAAGGAAGCUGAGGACAGCCGCAAGGCCGAUGACGGGCUCACUCUGUAUUGGGACCGGCCCUUCGAGGAGGGCUACACAGAGUCGGAAGGCACGCUGGAGUACGAGCGCCGGAAGACACUCUUCGAGAACGACGUGGUCCGAACGACGCCUCUGACUGCUUACAUCGGUGCACGGCUCCAAGAGGCGGAGGCUGCUUGUGGGGGCGCGGCUGAGCUGCAAGCACGUUACCUGGCGAAAGCGGAGCCCCUCUUGCUGAAGCAGAUCACGGAUGCUCUGAUGGGAAACCUCCCGUGA